CCACUUUCGGCAACCUGUCUUAGAGCGGCGUUCAAGCGCGCUCUGCUCUACGAGCCCUGUACUCGAUUGCUCACGUCUGGCGCGAACAUGGCAGAUGCUGAGGAUAAUGUUGCUAUUCCCGAGCUCAGCUCACUUCUACAAAUGGAUCCUUACCUCAAACCGUAUGAAAAGGACUUUAAGAGGAGAUAUCGCUUGUUCCAGAAGCAGCUCUCGCUCCUGGAGGAGGCCGAGGGAGGCUUUGAUCAGUUCACACGCAGCUACAGGAGCUUUGGUGCACACCGCCAGCCAGACAACAGCCUAGUCUUUAAAGAGUGGGCCCCAGCUGCCGAGGCACUGUUCCUCACUGGAGACUUCAAUGGCUGGGAUAAAUUCUCUCACCCGUACAAAAAGAAAGAGUUUGGAAAAUGGGAGCUGCACAUACCACCCAAAGAAGACAAGUCGCCGGCUGUUGCUCACAAUUCCAAACUAAAGGUGGUGGUUCACACCAAAGAAGGUGAGCGGUUAUACCGAAUUUCUCCUUGGGCAACAUACGUGACCAAGGUUAAAACUUCUGUGGUGUAUGACUGGGUAUUCUGGGACCCUCCUCAGCCUUAUGUGCACAAGCAUCCUCGGCCACGGAAGCCCCGCAGCUUACGGAUCUACGAGUCUCACGUUGGCAUCGCAUCACCAGAGGGCAAAGUUGCAUCUUACAGCAACUUCACACACAAUGUCCUGCCUCGAAUUAAAGACCUCGGCUACAACUGUAUUCAGCUGAUGGCCGUCAUGGAACAUGCCUAUUAUGCUAGCUUUGGUUACCAAGUUACAAGUUUCUUCGCAGCAUCCAGUCGAUAUGGCACUCCGGAUGAGCUGAAGGAGCUGAUUGACGUGGCUCACUCUAUGGGUAUCAUAGUACUGUUGGACGUGGUCCACAGCCACGCAUCCAAAAACACUGAGGAUGGCCUGAACCGGUUCGAUGGCUCCGACUCGUGCUUCUUCCACGGUGGGCAGCGCGGUGAACACCCCCUCUGGGACAGCCGACUGUUCCACUACUCCAGCUGGGAAGUACUGCGUUUUCUCUUGUCUAACCUGCGUUGGUGGAUGGAGGAGUACCGUUUUGAUGGCUUCAGGUUCGAUGGGAUCACGUCCAUGCUGUACCAUCAUCAUGGCGUUGGUACAGGUUUUUCAGGCGACUACUCAGAAUAUUUUGGUCUCCAUGUUGACGAGGACUCCCUGGUCUACCUAAUGCUAGCCAACCAUAUUCUUCACACACUGUAUGAGGGCUGCAUCACUAUAGCAGAGGAUGUGUCUGGUAUGCCCACGCUGUGUCGGCCUGUGCAGGAGGGAGGAUGUGGCUUUGACUAUAGACUGGCCAUGGCUAUUCCUGACAAGUGGAUCCAGAUCCUGAAGGAAUUCAAGGAUGAGGACUGGAACAUGGGGAAUAUCGUGCAUACGCUGACCAACAGGCGAUACGGAGAGAACUGCAUUGCGUAUGCAGAGAGCCACGACCAGGCUCUGGUGGGAGACAAGAGCCUGGCCUUCUGGCUGAUGGAUAAGGAGAUGUACACCAACAUGAGCACCCUAAUUCCCAUGAACCCAAUCAUUGAUCGGGGCAUCCAGCUGCACAAGAUGAUCCGGCUGCUUACCCACGGCCUAGGAGGAGAGGGCUACCUCAACUUUAUGGGUAACGAAUUUGGCCAUCCGGAGUGGCUAGACUUCCCCCGCAUAGGGAACAAUGAGAGCUACCACUAUGCCCGCCGGCAGUUCAACCUGGUGGACAUGGAUCACCUACGCUACUGCCAACUCUACGCUUUCGACCGGGACAUGAACCGCACAGAGGACAAAUACGGCUGGCUGGCGGCACCCCCGGCCUAUGUCAGCACGAAGCAUGAGGGUGACAAGGUGAUCACUUUUGAGAGAGCUAACGUCAUUUUCAUCUUCAACUUCCACCCUACGAACAGUUAUAGCAGCUACAGAGUGGGAGUGGGCCCACCAGGAAAAUACAAAAUCAAGCUGGACUCUGAUGAGGUUCAGUAUGGAGGCCAUGGCAGACUGGACCACAACGCAGAAUUCUUCACUGAGCCUGUGCCUUUCAAUGACCGGCCCAACUCGAUGCAGGUUUACAUUCCCUGCAGAACAGCUGUUGUUCUGGCCAAUGAGGAAAUCGAUUACUGCUACUGAAACACCAUCAUUGAUUCACCAAGAGAUUGAUACUCAGCGCACAUCUGCCUCUCCACUAGCCUCUGCCGAAGACCUGUCUGCCAGACGCUUCCUCCCGCUCCCUCUGUUUCUUCACCUUUACCCACAGAUGAGCUGUUCAAGAUUUCAAAAUGUUAUCAGGGUCAUUUUAAACGUGGACACACAUUCUAGUGUGCCAUGUUUAAUGUAAUGGAUAACAUCCAUAUUUUGGGCAUAGAUUAUUAGGUUUUCACACUUUAACACUAGCUAUAGUGAAUCCAACAGUUGCUUUUAACCUAAGGUUAGGUUGCCAAGCUUUUCGAAAGCUGUGUAUAAAAACCACCAUGCCUGAGUAGAAUAUAUUACUCUAUUAUAACUACUGAAAUUGCUCUUCACCACUGUCCCAAAGGAAAAAUUGUCAUUAUAGUGACAUACUGCUAUCAAAUUGACCAUGGGGUAUAUUGUUAAUGACCAUGAUAUAUAAUGUUUAUUGAUGUUUGCUGUAAGUAGUUACAUUGACCAUCUACCAGAAGUGAGAUACGUUUAAUCUGCGCUAUUUAAUCUGUAAAAGACAAGCACUUUUUUGAAAACGUAACAUCUUGUUUGUUGUAUUUAUUUGCUGACUGUGUUAAUUCAGCUCGUCAUGCAAGGUUUUUCAAAAGCACAUAUUUAGAGAAAGAUGAGAUGAUUUAGAUGAUCAUUGUAUCUUAGGGACAGAAGCUAAGCUGAAGAGUUAGGUGUGAUAUCAGGCCUACUGAACAAGUCCUUUCAAAACCACUGACUAAUUAGCUCAGUAACUAAAUCUACUUGUGCUGUGUGCUUUAAAAUGUGGAGACGUUGUACGGGGAGUUGAGUCGUAGCAGCACCAGCUGAUUUUCAAUGUGCAGAUAGUCUACGUGUGAAAAAAAGUGUGAAAAAUCAUAUGUUAAAUGACCACAUACACUGUGAUAAUUGCCUUCCACUUUAUUUAGAUUGUACCCUUUAGAUAGUUGUUCAUUAUGCAGGGAAACCUCUGUCGAUUUUAAGUUAGUGUUCGGCUAAGGGCCAGGUUUAUGCUGCAAACAUGAUAUCCUGGCAAGUGAAAGCAUCUAAAAUGCACGCAAUAUAUUAGGGCUGAGUGAUUUGGCCAGAAUAUAAUAUCAGAAUAAAUAUAAUAAUAAAUACAAUCCUAAUGUAUUUAUAAUAAAUACAUAACAAAAAAGAUUUUCAUGAUACACAAUAUGUAUCACAGUAUUUCACACAAGUAAAAGCAGCACCACAUUUAAAAAAAAUUCUAAUAAAACCUGUGAGUACAAUUUUUUGUUUGUUUUUUGUUUUUUUUGGUUUUUUUGGUUUUGUUUUUCAACAUUUCAGAUACUGUACAUGACAACUUUGAAUUAAGCAGGGCUAGUUAUGCUCUCUUGGACUCCUGACGUUGUCCGGAUUUGAACUCACCAUCUCCUGACAAUAGUGCAAAACCCAAGAUAGCUACACCUACUGGAAGCUUGUGUGAGUAAGUGUUGUGAAAAUACUGGCAAUACCCAUGAUAUGCUCAGAACCACGCAUCAUCAUUAUGAAAAUGAUAUUUUGUUGUAUGAAUAUUAUAAGAUUAUUCGACCUGUGUUUUUUACAUAAUUUACAAAUGCCAGAUAUUCUUUACAUUGUGUGAAAAUUUUGUAAUUAUUGGACAAACAGAAUUGCACUGCAAAAUUAGUCUCUUGUCAAGUGAAAUGAUCUUAAUUCUACUCUAUAUGUCUAAUAUUUCUUACUUUGAGAUGGUUGUACACUUUAUAAGAUCAUUAAACUUAUUUCCAAGCAUUUUUGCUUGUUUUAAGUAAUUUUAUUAAGUAAAAUUGUCUCACUAUACUGGCAGAUAACUUUCUUUCAAGCACAUUUCUUAAAACAAGUGAAAUUAUCUGCCCAUAUAGUGAGAUAAUUUUACUUAAUAAAAUAAAUGUCUUACAAUAAACCUACAACAAUCUCAGCAGGAGAAAUAUUGGAUAUAUUGAGUAGAUUUAAGAUAAUUUUACUUGACAAGAUACUAUUUUUGCAGUGUGGUCCAAAAUCUUUUUACAUAGACUUCUAAAUUAUGAACGUUUUUUUACUUUCCUGUAAACUUUUUUUAGGGGUAGAAAUAUUUGUUCUGACAGUAAAAUGAUCUUUCUACACUAAUUUUUAUUUUACUUCCUUCAAGCAUUUUUAAAAAAAAAGUUGGGUAACCAGUCGCCUCAGUAAAUCAACAAAUAUAUUUCGAAUCUACAAAUUUUUCUUCUGAAAACUUAAAAUCUUUACGUAAAACCUCAAAUUGUGAACUUACUUAUAACUUUGUAGUAAAGUAUACUAUUAACAUAUACAGUGAGGAAAUUUUACUUAAAUGACUUAAAACAGGUAAACAUAUACAAAAAUAGGUUGUCAUCUUACAACAUUCUUCGAACCAUCUAACAAUGAGAUUAUUUAGACAUAUUGUGUAAAUAUAAGAUGUUUUUCACUUGCCAAGAUGUGUAAGUCUAGCACUUACCCUAACUCUAAACUAAAACCGACAUGUGCAGGCAAAGGGAAGUGUGCAGAUUAAGAAAUACUAAAGAAAUUGUUAACCGUCUAUGAAGUGCUGUCACAAAGUAUUGCAAAGUCUUCCUUCUUUCUAAUGUCAGUCUUUUUUUCUUCAUUUUUAAUGAACCUAUAUAGUACUACAGAUGAUAAAUGGGCAGUGCGUUGUCCUGUUACAAUAUUGGUCUGGAAUGGACUAGCCAAAGCCUUCCCUCAUCAACAGCAGUGUUUUCUCAUUAAUAUCGAGUAGCUGCUUCAAGAUAAUGUUGACCUGCUUUUGAAUCCUCUACAGAGGAAGCAGAAUAAGUCUGUGUAUAAAUGUAUUAGGGUUAUCAUCCUAAACCAGCUCUUCUGGAUAAACAGUUAGACUUUCUUAAGCCCCACAUAAUGAAGAGAUGCACCUCUUGCUCUCUGUUUUGUGGUUUGAACAAGUCUAAUUUGCCUGUGGAAAGAAAAAUAGAUGCUUAGAUAGCAAUAAUUAGCUUUUCAUGUGUCUCAGUUGACACAAGCUAAUGGAGAGAACCUUUUUCCCUUUCCAUUAAGUCUGUUGUGGAUAAAAAUGUGUUGCAGCUAUUUUCACCUUGAAUGAGCAAUGUUUUAAUUUUUGGAAGUCAGAACAUGUAGUGUAAUUGAGGUUACAAUAGAAAUGGCAAACAUCUCUUCCUUAGGGUUAACAGAUUGUAGCUGUACAGUCCUAUGCAAAAGUCAGAGAGCCUUUAUUUAUGUGAUUUCCAGUUAAAAUGACCAUGAAUUACAAGUGAUUCAGUUCUCAGUGUCAGGAGGAAACAAAGCACGAAACAUAUUUAAUAUUUUAGUGUGUCCACCCUGUACCUUUAUUACAGCUUCCGUUCUUUUCAGGAGUCUUGAUUUCAGUGUUUCAAAGAAAGGGAUAUUUUUCCACACCUCUAAAGUUCAGUCUUAGAAGUUGGUUGCAUUUUCUGUUUCUCACCGUCCAAGUCAUUUCAAGCACAUUCAGUGCUGUUGAAGUCUGGGCCUCUGGCGUGGUCUGACUUGUAUUUAAAAGCCGUUUUGACUGGGAAUUCAGUAAAUGGUGGUCUCUGACUUUUUCACAGUGCUGUAUGAACACCGCAGCAUAUUUUCCUCUUGUUUCCUCAGUCACCUCAGUAAAUGCUGGCUUUGUGUGAAAAUGACAUUAUACUAAUAUUACACACUU